UACUUCUUUAGUCAUUUUAGUCUUUGCCAAACAAGGCUUUAAUAUCCAUCCCAACUUCCCAAUAGUAUAAACCCAAACCAGUAGAUGCAGAAGUGAUAGUAGUAGUGAAAGAACAGAGCAUACCUUUACAUAUUGAGAGAGAGAGAGAAGCAGAGUCCACUCUCCUCUCUUGUAAUACAGCUGCUAGAGAGAGAUGAAAGUUCAAUUCACCUCAGCCCAAACCCACCAAUCAACAACCCUUAAACCCCUCUCUUCUACCAACACUGCCGCCCAGAGUACCAGCUCCACCACCACCACCACCACCACCAACACCAACUUCUGCUAUGAACCCAAGUCAGUCCUUGACCUCCGCCGUAGCCCCAGCCCUAUCGCCGCCGACCCCAAUUCCGAUGCUCCAUCCUUUUCCGAUGCCUUGUCACGCUUCGACGAUGCUUCCCUCGAGUUUGACGACCACAUACGGAACAACUUGGAAGAUUGGGAGUCUCUGAUGAGAGAAUUGGGAUUGCACAACGACUCUUCCCCUGCUGCUGCUGCUUUGAGAUCCAUUGUUCCUCAGUCCAAUCACAUCGAUCCUCAAUUCCCAAUCCUCUCCGAUAAUAACCCACCUCCUCCUCACUCCUUCGAUCUCGUUCCCAACAAUUUCCCCCUCUCUGACUCCAAUUCCUUCGAUUUCUGCACCGAUUUUCAUAUUGGGUUCAACUUCGUGGACGAGCUGGUUCGAGCUGCGGAUUGCUUCGAAUCGAACGAAUUACAACUCGCGCAUGUGAUUUUGGCGCGGCUCAAUCAACAACAGUUGCGAUCACCCGUGGGAAAGCCUCUUCAGAGAGCUGCGUUUUACUUCAAAGAAGCUCUUCAGUCUCUGAUCAUGGGGUCGACUCGUUCGACUCGUAAUUCCUCUUCUUCAGAAGUUGUUCAAGCGAUCAAAGCGUACAAGAACUUCUCGAUCGUCUCUCCGAUCGUCAUGUUCUCCAAUUUCACCGCCAAUCAAGCAAUCCUUGAAGCUGUUGAUGGUUCCAUGUUCAUCCAUGUGGUUGAUUUCGAUAUGGGAUUUGGAGGCCAGUGGGCUUCGUUCAUGAAGGAAGUCGCUGAUCGAGCUGAGUCUCGCAAAUCGAAUACUCCGAUUCUUCGAAUCACUGCUGUUGUUCCUGAAGAGUACGGGGUCGAAUCGAGAUUGAUCAGAGACAAUCUCAACCAGUUCGCUCAAGAGCUCGAAAUAGGGUUCGAGAUUGAAUUCGUGUUGAUUCGAACCUUCGAAUUCUUGUCAUUCAAAGCAAUCAAGUUCAUGGAAGGAGAGAAGACCGCCGUUCUGUUAUCUCCGACUAUCUUUCACCGUUUAGGUACCGGAUUUCUCAACGACCUCCACCAAAUCUCGCCGCACGUGGUGGUGGUCGUCGACGGUGAAGGGGUGGCGGACUGCGGAGGGCAGCCGUCGCUUCGCCGGAGUGUGAUCGCCGGGCUUGAAUUUCACUCCACGGUUUUGGAAACUCUGGAAGCUGCGAAUGGUGGCGGCGGAGAAGAGUGGAUAAGGAAGAUCGAGAUGUUUGUGAUGCGCCCGAGGAUUGUAGCGGCGGUUGAGGCGGCGGUGGGAAGGGUGGCGCCGCCGUGGAGAGAGGGGUUCGCCGCCGCAGGGAUGAGGGGGGUGGGGUUGAGUCGGUUUGCGGAAUUUCAAGCCGAGUGUUUGCUAGCGAAGGUGAGGGUGAGGGGAUUCCACGUGGCGAAGAGGGAGGGGGAGAUGGUGCUGUGCUGGCAUGAUAGGGCCUUAGUUGCCACGUCGGCAUGGAGGUGCUAGAGAUGUCGUUGUUGCUGUUGUUAAAUAAUUAACUAACUAUUGGAAGUGGGUGAUGAUAAUGAGUAAGGCUCUUUUAGAGUUUUUUUUUUUUAAAGUUUUUUUAGAGUGGUGUAUUGUGUGGUUGAGAUUUAAUGACAAGUCACAUUAAUUUUUUAACAUUAAAUCUCAACCAUACAAUACAUCACUUUAAGAAAUUUUAGAAAAAAAAUAUUUUAGAGAAUCCUUGGUGGGUGAUAAUUGGUUAGAGUUUUAAGGGAUAUAUAUAUAUAUAUAUAUUAUGAAUGUGUCUCAAUCCCCUAGCCGUUUUGUUUUGUAUUUUGUGUUGUUGGUGUAUGUUAAUGAAUAGACUCUGGUUUGUUUUCAAACACAAAA